AUGAAGCUGUGGUUAAUUGCUGCCAUUAUUCUCUCUAUUGGAGUUCAAGCCGUGUUGAGCUUGAAGUGUUUGUCCUGCUUAAGUGACAAGUCAUGGGAUGACUGUAAAGGAAAAAGCAAGUCCUGCGUGGCUCCGGUUACCGAUGAUUGUAUUAAGAUGUACUUGAAAUCUAGUUCAGAGGAAUUAUUCAUGAGAGGUUGCAGUACCAAUGAUAACUGUGACACGAACAUCAACGCUCUUUGUAGAGACGCCUACGAGUGUGACAUCUAUUGCUGUAACGGAGACGACUGCAAUGCUAGCACAGCAACCCACAUCAGCGGUGUUCUGUUACUGUCAUGCGCCCUGGCAUCUCUUUCGAUCUUUUUCAAAGCCUGAUUUGAGGUCACGUACGGCUUAUGAGAAGUGCUGUAACUAAGUAUACCGCUUUUGUAACGUAACGAAUGCAAAACUAAGCCUGGGUACAGUAAUGUUUAUGUAGACAAUUGCUUUGAAUAGCUAGGAUAUGUAGUUGAGAAGAUUUACUUGUUGGUCUGCUAAAGAGCAUAAAGCAAUUUUUUUUUCGUUUUGUGUGCAGCAGUGGUAGAAGUAUAGGAACGUUUGUAAUUUCUUUAAAUGA